CUUACAGAAAUGUUGUUCCUCCUCUCAUGUACUUCCUGGAGACAGUGACAACUACGGUGACUCCCAAGCGUUUAGUGACCCACCGGGAGCAAAGCCAGGAGCUAAAGCCGCGCGGCCAUUGGCGCCUCACCGGGGCAUCAUGGUCCAAUUGCUGGCAUCGGAAGUUCAGCAGCUUCUUCACAACAAGUUUGUGCUCAUCCUGGGGGACUCGGUGCAGAGGGCCGUGUACAAGGACCUGGUGCUGCUGUUGCAGAAGGAUUGCCUGCUGUCUCCCAGCCAGCUCAAGGCCAGGGGUGAGCUGAGCUUCGAACAGGAUGAGCUCGUGGCCGGAGGCCAGUGGGGCCGCAUGCACAACGGGACCCACUACCGCGAGGUCCGCCAGUUCUGCUCCGAUCACCACCUGGUGCGUUUCUAUUUCCUCACGCGCGUGUAUUCCGAGUAUCUGGAGGACAUCCUGCAGGAGCUGCAAGGCGGCGAGCACGCGCCCGACGUGGUCAUCAUGAACUCUUGCCUCUGGGACAUCUCCAGGUACGGGCCCCACUUCUGGCGCAGCUACCAGCAGAACCUGGAGAGCCUGUUCAGUCGCCUGGAUCAGGUGUUGCCCAAGUCGUGCCUUCUCGUGUGGAAUACAGCCAUGCCUGUGGGUAAGAAAAUCAAGGCGGGCUUCCUGCCCCGGAAGGGCCCUCCGGCUCCCAAAACUCAGGACGUGUUGGCGGCCAACUUCUACAGCUCCCAGGCGGCCCGCAAACACCAUUUCGACGUGCUAGACUUAUUCUUCCACUUCUGCCGCUUCAAAAAGUACCUGCAGGGUGACGGGGUGCACUGGAACGAGCACGCGCACCGCCACGUCUCCCAUCUGCUGCUGGCCCACGUGGCCGACGCCUGGGGCGUGGAUCUGCCCGACCGCGGCCCCAAAGGCUGCGCCAUCCACUACAGCCCGGCGCUCAGCCAAUCACCGUCCCCGCCCCGGGAGAACCUGGAUCCGCCCACCUUCUCGCCCUGCGGGCCUCGCCCUCCUCCUCCUCUUCCUCCUCCUCCUCCCAGACCUCGGGCCUUGCUGCCGUCCCCGCCCGCCUGCCCCCGCCCACCGCUGCUCCCCCUCCCACCCCCCCCACCUCACUCCCCCCAUCUGCCCCCGGUCAGGCCUCCCUUUGCGCCCUAUCCCCACGAUUCCUACUUCUCCUCCGACCACAUUUUCCAGUCCGAUCAGUUUUAUUUCCAUUCGGAUGCCCCUUCAUCCCCUCCAAUGGAGUUUGCCUUUGACAAUGACUAUGCCUUUGGUGCCCAGCCUCCCAUGCCCCGACUCCCCCGACACUGUUUUCGACAGUCGAACCCCAUGGUGUACAGAGGGUUCCCCAGGUAUGUGGCUCAGGGACCCUACAGGCCCUGGAGAGGGAAGCCCAGGAGACCACGGAGGCGGCCGGCCUACUCAGAAUCCAGGCGACAGUAGACAGACUGACUGACAGCAGCCACUUGGCUCCUGAUGGCUGCGGGGGACUGACCACUGACUUUGCCACCUUAAGCCUUCAUCUUUCACACGUGGACUUGGGUUUUUUGGUUUUGGGUGGUGGUGGUUGUUUGGGGUUGGUUUGUAUUCUCCCAUCGUGAGCAAGUCAGACCUUAUUGAUGUCAAGUGUCUCUUGGAAGUGAGCAGGUCUCAUUCCUGCCUCCUCACUCCCUAUUCUUUUUGCAAAAAAAAAAAAAAAUAAAACAGCAUUAUAGAAUUUGGUUUGCACAAGUCAUUGUGGGAUUUGUGUGUCCAUGUGUAAGGCGUGACCUCUAGGCGUUAUACCAUUAGCUUUGUGCAAGGGCAUUAUCA